GUGGCCAGGGCAGGAAGCGCGGCAGGGAGCGGGGGGGGAGCCCGGAAAAGGCAGCGGCUUCCUGCUCCCACCCCCCCCGCUCCCGCCGCCGGAGCCGAGCGCAGCGGAGCGGCCUGACCCAGCCGGUCCCGGUGCCGGUCCGGAGCAGCCGCCGCCCAGCGGAGCCGCCUUUCCGGUUGAGGGAGGGGGCGCACCGAGGAACCCAGGUGUCCUGGCCCUGCAGCCCAGGCAGGGGGGGAUUUGCUGCUUGUAGCCUCAUCUUGGCAUCACCUGGAAGCAGGUGGAUCCCCCCAGAACUGGCAGCUGGGACCUCCCUAAGGGCAGGAUGGAGCAGGACGAGGCAUACAAUGGGGAUCCGGCACCAGGUGCUCAUAGUGGGUCCAGUGUGGCCAUCAUCGGGGCGGAGGACGAGGAUUUUGAGAACGACAUCGAGCCGACGCUGGAGGACCAGAGCAGCCCGUUCCAGAGCAUGGGGCUGGUGAAGCAGCACCCGGCCUAUCUCAUGGCCUUUCUCCAGCACGUGGUCCUGCAGUUCGACUCCUGCCCCGUGCUCUGCUACCUCCACGUGGAUCUGAUCCGCAGCGUGAGCGCCAAGGAGGGCAAGAAACUCUUCCUGGAUUUCUGCCACACGUUCCUGGACAAGGCGGGGCUCCUUCGUGUCCCCAUCCCAGCCCAGGUGCAGUUUGAACUGGACCGGAUCCGCCCGGAGCUGCUCCCCGACGAGACCCUGCGCCAGUUCCUGGUCGAUAUCCAGAACUUCCAGGAGCCCAGCAUCUCGGGGCAGCUAGAAGAUUUCAGGUCUAAGCGGAUGAUGGGGAUGACGCCGGGUGAGCAGGAGCUGGCGGAGCUGGAGUCGUAUCACACCCGGGACCGCGGGAUCCGCGAGGCCAAGGAGAAGCAGUUGGCCGAGCUGCUGCUGGCCCGGCUAGACGAGAUGCACCCCACGAUCUCCGCCGACGAGGAAAAAAGCUCCGCGAUUUUCGCCGCCAUCGUGACCUACAUGAAGCACCUGGGGGUUAAAACCAAACUGGGCGAGAGCAAGAAAUCGAAAGGGAAUUUCUUCCGCAAGAAGAUCUCGGGGAGCCGGAAGCCUGAGGAGCCCCCCAAGACGAGAAAGGGGUUCAGCCUGUUGGAUGCCACUCGCUGGAACCGCGGGGAGUCGCACAAUUCCGAGUUCAGACAAAGCAAAGUCCCUGAGGGUGAAGCGGAGAAGGCCACGGCCCCGGAACGGAAGGGUCUCAAGUUGUUGGAGCGCAGCGAGAGCCGGGCCAAGGGGGCCACAUCAGGGACCCCAGGGCUUGACCUCCCUAGUGUUUCUGUGACCGUGAACCCCCCUCCGGAGGAGGGGACUGAUGGGGAGCUGGGGUUGGAGCCCCAGUGUCUGGUGGAGCCGGGGGAGGCCCCCCCCAGCGAGCAGCCCCCGGAGGACAGUGCUGAGAACGAGAGAAAAUGGAAAAGGCUGCCGGGGAGGCUGGGCCGGUCGGAGAGCCUGCGUGUGGCCGAGCGGAAGCGCUCGCUGCGCGGCUCAGCCAAGGGGAAGCAGCCGCGUUCCCGCAGUGACGUGGACCUCGAGGCGGCCGCCCGCGCCGGGGAGCUGCAGGAGAGACCCCCGCUGGGGACGGGGCGCCCGAGGCCUGGUGGCAUCACCCCAGAGCCUGGGGGGGCCGGGGGAGGGGAGCCCCCGCCGUCCUUUCUGCCUCCCCAGUCUGAGGAGACUGAGCCGCGCGUUUCGGAGCUGGAGCCGGAGCCGCCGACCUGGCGCCAGCGGGUCCCCCCCGACGCCCUCCUCAGGCUGAAGAAAAGCGAAGUCAAGCGGCAAGAGGUCAUCAACGAGCUGUUCCUCACCGAACACGCCCACGUGCGGAUGCUGCGGGUGCUGCUGGAGCUUUUCUACCAGCCGCUGCUCAGGGAAGCUUUCUUCACGGAGGCCGAACUGCCCUACAUGUUCCCCAACCUGGAGGAGCUGACGGACUUACACACCACGUUCUUCGAGAGCCUGAGGAAGCUUCGGGACGAGAAUGACUGCAUCAUUGCCGAGAUUGGGGAUGUGCUGCUAUCCCAGUUUGAUGGCACCGAGGGUAGCUGGUUCCAGAAGAUCUCGGCCCGGUUCUGUAGCCGGCAAUCCUUCGCGCUGGAGCAGCUCAAGGCCAAGCAGCGCAAAGAGACACGCUUCAGCCAGUUCAUCCAGGAGGCGGAGAGCCAGGCCCGGUGCCGGCGGCUGCAGCUGAAGGACAUCAUCCCCAUCGAGAUGCAGCGACUCACCAAGUACCCGCUGCUGCUGGAGAACAUCGCCAAGUACACGGAGGAGGAGGAGGAGCGGGUGAAGGUGCAGCAGGCGGCUGAGUGCUGCCGGCAGAUCCUCAACCACGUCAACCAGGAGGUGCGGGACAUGGAAAAUGUGAAGAAGCUGAAGGACUAUCAGAAGCGCCUGGAUCUCUCCAGCCUGAAGCAGAGCACAGACCCGCUGCUCAGCGAGUUCAAGAACACAGAUAUCACCAAGCGGAACCUGGUGCACGAGGGGGACCUGACCUGGCGCGUCAGUAAGGACAAGGCUGUGGACGUGCUCAUGCUGCUCCUGGACGAUAUCCUGGUGCUGCUCCAGCGGCAGGAGGAGCGGCUGGUUCUUCGCUGCCACAGCCGCCCCCCUGGCCCCACGACCGAGCACCGCCAGGUCCUGAGCCCCAUCAUCAAACUCAGCUCUGCCAUGACCCGCGACGUGGCCACAGACUGCAAGGCCUUUUACGUCAUCUUCAGCUGGGAGAAUGGAGCCCAAAUCUAUGAGCUGGUGGCCCAGACGGUGUCGGAGAGAAAGAACUGGUGCGAUUCUGAUCAAGGAGGACGGCGGGUCUCUGAAGCUGCGGGGUCCAAUCGCCAGAAACCGCGUCGUUCGUCCCGAGUCUGUCAAGCCCCACCACAGGCACCCAGCUAUUACCGGGAGCGGCUGCUGAGCAGCUCGGAGAAUGGGAACUCUCCCAAGGAGACGCUGCAUUCGGAUGAGCGGGAGAAGGAGGGGGCGCUGGAGGGUAUGGAGUUCGAGGAGCAUGGCCCGGAGAAGGACUCGGAGCGGAUCCCGGCGGUGCUGCUGGCUCUGUACAAGCCCCGGGCGGCAGGGGAGGGGGGACUGGCAGCCGCUGCGCUGGAGAGAGUGUCUGCGCUGAAGAGGCUGCUGGUCGGGGGGUCCCCCCUACCAGAGAACGGGGACCCCGGCUCCCCCGAGGAUGGCUGGCACCGAGCGCCGGAGAACAGGGGCGCCAGAGACGAGGACAAGGAACGGGACGCGGGUGAUGGCGCUGAGAGCGAGGGGGGGGCGCCAGAGGAGGCCCCGAAUGGCCCUGGCUUGCUGGAUUGGGGCUCGCGGCGCCCGGACGGGGCAGGGCCCGGCUCCCCCAUUGUGCUGACGCCCCGGCAGUCGGAGGACGUGCGGCGCAGCUGCCAGCACCUGGAGGAGGCUGUCCAAAGGCUGAAGGAAAUGGAAGACGACUAUUCCCAGCUGCAGCAGCUCCUGGCCAAAUACAGCUCCCCCCCCUCGACCCAAUUCACAUGAGGGGCAGCCGAUGCCACAGACCCCUCGCCACGCAGGAAGAGGCCGGGCAGUCUCUGCCCUCCCAGCCAGGGGUCUCCUGCGAGGGGUUGCUGGGUGGGGCGUGGUGCAUAGGGGACGUAUGCUGGAGGGAGUUGGGUACAUAUAUUCUAUAGGACGUGCUGUGGCGCCCCGUAUAUAGGAGCCUGGGGUGUUUGUACAUAGAGAUGGGAUCCUGGGCGGGAUGAGGGGGGAUACUGGGUGGCUCUGACUCACCCACAGGCCUGGCCCUGAAUUGCUCCGCUCUGAAUCCCAGUGUGGCUCCCCGCAGGAUGAGACACCCCUCCCCUGCCAGCCACCCUCAUGAGGGGUUCACCCCCAAUUCCCUCCAGCAAACUCAUGUCCCCCUCCAUCCCCAAUCUGUCCAUAAGCCCCAUGUCCCACCCCCCGAGCUAGCUAGUCCUGCCCUGGGCUGGACCGGGGUCAGUGGCCCCUAGAGGGGAACGGCCCCAGUCCUGUUCUCUGCCCCCAGGCUGCUGAGCCUGGCCAGUGCUGCUUGCGGGAUCAGCCAGCAGGCGGCGCUGCGGCUGCAAGGGUUUUCCCACCCUCUGAGAUCAGUAUUUCGGGGGGCGGUUACAUUCCACUGCCCCCCAUCCCCUGCCAUGUGCCUUAGGGGCCGACCCCGAGAGCUGCUUUUAUAGAGAGAGCUAUUUUUUACUUUUGCUGGGAUAUUUUUAUAUAUAUGAUUUAUAGGAGGGGACCCCCAGAACCUGGAGUGGGGGGGCACAGCGGUUGGUUUGUGCCAGCAUGGCAGCUGGGCUGGCACAGAAUCAUUGGAACCAAAAAAAGGGGGGACAGGUGGGAUGGGGGCAAGCCCCCUAAUUCCCUUGUACCGUACGGGUCCCCCCCCAGAUAGGGCUUUUUCUAAGGGCUUCCAUUGCUUUUAAAAAGCGGGUAGAAAUUCCCCGGAGAAUUUCUGGGGGGAGGUCUCCCCACAUAGACUCCUCAAUGUCCCCCCGUUCUCUGCGUGCCACCCCCCGUUCUCUGCCCCCCCAUUCUCUGCCUGUACCCCAGCUUUCAGUGAGGUUUUUUGGCUUUUUAAAAAAAUAUUUUCAGAAUUUUUCAAUUCUGCUUUUUAAUGAGGUGUUUGGGGGGGUGACAUGGAGGGGGGAGAUCUGGGUUUAAAUGUGCCCCCAGGGAGCCAAAGGCUGAAUUCCCCCCCCCCCAAGGGAGAGAUGUUUGUGGGUAUGACGGAUGGUGGAUUUAUGGAAUCUGGGAAGGGAGAAGUGGGGGUGGGGGGCACUAUGCCCCCCCCAGCUGGCUCUUCUGAGUAUAACUUUGUGGGGGGCUAAGGUACCGGGGGGGUGGUCACUGAACCAAAUAAACUGUAAAGAUGUCAAAUAAAAACCGUUCUUGCUUCAGGGC